AUGGCCCAUGAUAUACUGGAAAUCCCCAUCUCAAUGGUUGCUUCUGAAUCAGCUUUUUGCACUAGUGGUCGUAUUCUCGAUGACUUCAUAAGCUCUUUGAUACCAGCGACACUCCAAGCAUUGAUAUGUGCACAAGACUGGUUGCGUAAGCCUAUCAAUGUUGAAGCUGAUCUUGGUGAGUUGACCAAACUGGAGAAAGCUGAGCAGUUUGGUCUCCCUCUUCUUCGAGCCUCCCUGCUAAAUAGCUCGGACGACGUCUCCAAAGGUGUCAAUUUCGCUGUCGGCGGCGCGACGGUGAUCGACGUCGACUUCUAUGAGAGGAACAAACUGGUCCCGUUCAAGCUGAUAAACAAUUCUCUGAACGUGCAGCUGGGCUGGUUCGAGGAGCUCAAGCCAACGAUUUGCAACAAGACCGUAGCGCGUAGAGAAUGUCUCAAGAAAGCCCUCUUUUUUGUUGGGGAGUUUGGAGUGAAUGACUACAACUUCUUGUGGAACGCCGGGAACACCGAAGACCAAGUGAGAUCCUAUGUACCCAAAGUUGUGAAAAAUAUUGCCGUGGCCGUGGAGAGGCUCAUCAAAGGAGAAGCAAUUUACGUUGUCGUGCCAGGGAAUCCCCCGAACGGGUGCUCACCCACCAUGCUGACAACCCGCUCUAGCUUCAACAAGACGACAAUGUACGACCACAUCGGUUGUCUAAGCGACAUAAACCGCGUGGCUAGAUACCACAACUCCAUGCUCCGCACGGCGAUUGGCGCUCUCAGGGGCAAGUGCUCGCAUGCCAGGAUCAUCUACGCCGAUUUCUACGGCCCGAUCAUCACGAUCCUCGACAACCCCAGCCGAUUCGGAGUAGCUGGCACUGACGCUCUACGGGCUUGCUGCGGAGGUGGCGGGGCGUACAACUGGAAUGCCAGCGCUUUCUGCGGCAUGCCGGGGGUGACUGCCUGCAAGGAUCCCUCGGUGUUCGUUAACUGGGAUGGUAUUCACUACACGGAGGCUACAUAUCGCUUCAUCGCCGAAGGGUGGCUCCACGGUCCUUUUGCCGACCCGCCAAUACUAAGUGCUCUUCACUACUAG